CCAGCAAGAGCGAGUUCUGCAGCCAGGCACUGCGAGAGCAGUUGGGAAGGAAAAAUAGGAAACAUCCGGUUUUGCUGUCCGUGUGCCUGCUGACCAGGUUUCAAGAGCCACAAGAACCCGUGACCAGAAAACACCUUGAGAAUGACAAGGAAGAUCUUCACCAACACCAGGGAGCGAUGGAGGCAGCAAAAUGUCAACAGCGCCUUUGCCAAGCUGAGGAAACUCAUCCCCACCCACCCGCCAGACAAAAAACUGAGCAAGAAUGAGACACUCCGGUUAGCUAUGAGAUACAUAAACUUCCUCGUCAAGGUCCUGGGGGAGCCAGGCCUGCAGCAGACGGCAGUGGUGGCACGGGGCAGCAUCCUGGGGUUCUUCCAGCAAGGCCCAUGCUUGCAAAGCAUGGAGGAGCUGACACUGAUUGAAAACUGUGGUGUGUCCUCUCCUGGCAUGAGCAGCAAUAUAGUAGAGUGUUGGUCAGAGACAUCAUCUCCCUAG